AUGGACGACCUUUAUGACGAGUUCGGCAACUUUAUCGGUGAAGCAGCAUCUGAUGAAGAAGGAACCCAAGAUGGCGACGCCGGCCAGAAUUACGUCUACGACGAGGACUCGGAUACCGAGCAGCAACCGCAGGCUGAUCAGUUGAUGGAAGUGGAUGACGAGGGGCCAUCGAAUGCAGUGAUACUACACGAAGACAAGCAAUAUUACCCCACGGCGCAACAAGUCUAUGGGGAAGAUGUCGAGACCAUGGUCCAAGAAGAAGAUGCCCAACCACUGACACAGCCGAUUAUCGCGCCGGUCACGCAGAAGAAAUUCCAGGUCCAAGAGGCAGAUCUCCCUCCUGUUUUCUAUUCGAGGGAUUUCAUGACCGAUCUUUUGAGUUUUCCAGAAGGAAUCAGAAAUAUUGCAGUGGCGGGGCAUUUGCACCAUGGGAAGACUGCAUUUGUCGAUAUGUUGGUGAUGCAGACCCAUGAUCUGCAAGAUAGACUGGACAAGAGGGUAGGUAAGAGAAGAGACGAACAGCUGAGAUACACGGAUACGCAUUUCCUCGAGCGAGAGAGAGGCGUCUCGAUCAAAGCUGCUCCCAUCAGCCUUGUCAUGCAAGGAACACGCGGAAAAUCACAAAUUCUGAACAUAAUUGACACGCCUGGACAUGUCAACUUCGUCGAUGAGGUUGCUUCAAGUCUAAGACUGGUCGAUGGGGUUGUUCUCGUCGUCGACGUGGUUGAGGGCGUCCAGAUCAAUACCGAGCAAAUCAUCAAACAUGCGGUGCUCGAAGAUUUACCUAUGGUCUUGGUCAUCAACAAGAUGGAUCGCUUGAUUCUCGAGUUGAAGAUCCCACCGACUGAUGCAUAUUUUAAGUUGAAGCACGUGGUCGAAGAAGUCAACACCAUCAUUGAAAACACUAUCCCGGGCCGAGGAGAGAAGAGGAGGCUGUCACCUGAGAAAGGCAACGUUGCCUUCGCCUGCACAUCCAUGGGGUGGAUUUUCACACUGCCCUCAUUUGCAAAAAUGUAUGCCGAGACCUAUCAAAAAGUCGACGCGGCAGAGUUCUCUAAGAGGCUUUGGGGUGACAUUUUCUUCAACCCCCGGAGCCGCAAGUUCACCAGAAAAGGAAUGGAGGAGGGGUCGAAGAGAGCUUUUGUCAACUUUGUGCUGGAACCCAUCUACAAACUGUACUCGCAUACCAUCAGCGAAAGUCCUGAAGAUCUCGAAGCGACACUCAAGACCUUGGGAAUAUCUCUGAAGCCGUCGGAGCUGAAGUCAGAUGCGAAAGUGCUACUUAAGCUGGUUUGCGCACAGUUUUUCGGUCCGGCGGGUGGAUUUGUUGACAUGAUUGUGCAACAUCUGCCGUCUCCUGUUGAUGGGACGAAACGGCUACUGGAACACUACUACACAGGCCCAGCGGACUCUCCCGUUGCGGAGUCCAUGUCGAAGUGUGAUUCGGAAGGGCCUCUAGUUGUCCACAUAACCAAGCUGUUCAACACCGCGGAUGCCAAAACUUUCAACGCCUUCGGUCGAAUCUUAUCUGGCACGGCCUCGCCUGAUCACACUGUCCGAGUGCUUGGUGAAGCGUACAGCCUUGAAGAUGAGGAAGACUCGACGACUGCGACGAUCACAUCAACUUUUCUUGACUGCUCGCGUUACAAUAUUCCUGUCUCAGGGGUCCCUGCGGGUAAUCUUGUCCUCCUUGCUGGUAUUGACAACUCCAUCGUUAAGACUGCAACUGUUGUCGCUGAAGAGUUUCCCAACAAUGAGGGUGCUUAUAUCUUCCAGCCUAUUCGACACUUUACCGAAUCUGUUUUCAAGGUUGCAGUGGAACCAAUAAAUCCUUCGGAACUACCCAAAAUGCUCGAGGGUCUGCGCAAGGUCAACAAGUCGUACCCGCUGAUCACGACAAAGGUCGAGGAAUCUGGCGAGCAUGUUGUUCUUGGGACAGGCGAACUAUACAUGGACUGCGUGCUGCAUGAUUUGAGAACAUUGUACGCAGAAAUGGACAUCAAAGUCUCCGAUCCUGUCACUCGGUUCUGCGAGACUGUCACCGAAACAAGUGCGAUCAUGUGUUACGCAUUGACUCCCAACAAGAAAAACAAGUUGACCAUGAUCGCCGAACCCCUCGAUGAUGGUAUUGCUGAAGACAUUGAAGCUGGAGUUGUGAAAAUCCGGGACCCUAUUCGAAAAGUCGCUAAGUUCUUUGAAGAGAAAUAUGAAUGGGACAAGUUGGCCGCGCGGUCCAUUUGGGCUUUUGGCCCGGAGGAGAUGGGGCCCAACAUACUUUGCGACGACACGCUCCCUUCGACCACUGACAAAAAGCUUCUCAGAACAGUGCAGGAAAGCAUCAAACAAGGCUUCUCUUGGGGCACGCGUGAAGGACCGUUGUGCGAAGAGCCCAUCCGCAACACCAAGUUCCGGCUUACAGGUGCCGAACUCGCCGCGGAACCUAUCUUCCGUGGUGGCGGGCAAAUCAUCCCCACGGCUCGACGUGCGGUGUAUAGUUCUUUCUUGAUGGCUGGACCAAGGCUCAUGGAACCGGUUUACAGUGUUCACAUGACCGGACCUGCAGACUCGAUUUCGGGUCUUUACACCGUUCUGAUGAAGAGGCGGGGGCAUGUUGUUUCUGACGGGCCUGUGGCAGGCACGCCUCUAUAUGCUGCCAAGGCUCUGCUGCCAGUCAUCGAUAGUUUCGGUUUCGAGACUGACCUCCGCAUUCACAGUCAGGGUGCUGCGAGUGUCUCUUUGGUUUUUGACCGCUGGGACGUUGUCCCAGGUGAUCCACUUGACAAGAGCAUCCGGAUUCGGCCUCUCGAAAUGGCUGGGCCUCAGCAAGCCGCCAGAGACUUUGUGCUCAAGACCAGGCGGAGAAAGGGAUUGAGUGAGGAUGUCGACGUGAAACGUUUCUUGGAGCCAGAACUACUGGCCGGUUUACGAGAAAGCGGUAUUCUGGAUUAA